AUGGAACAAUCUAGAAAAAGUUUAUUGGACAGGAGAAAUUUAAGAAAGGUAGCUAUGGCAAAUUUUCUGGCCGAAGCCGAGUAUAGGAAGUCUAGAUUGGAUAGUAGUGUGAGAAGACAGCUUGAUGAAAUGGAGGAUCAUAGACCUUACUUUACAUGCUGGGUCACAUUCGUCCAAGUUGUAUGCUACCUCUUUGCCAUUUCUGCUUACGACGUGGCACCUUUUGGUUUAUCAUUUAGCACCAUUACGGAAGAGGUUUUAAUGCCGAAUUUGGCUUUAGAAGAAUCCAGCUACGAGGAAGAGAAUAAUAUGUGGUUUGGCUUAAGACAGGCGGACUUAAUCCACAUGGGAGCCAAAUAUUCUCCCUGCAUGCGGUCGGAUGACGUCAUAGAGAGCUACGUAGAGAGUGAUAGACGGAGAGAGAGAGAGAGCGGGUGUUGUGUGAGGAUCGACGGAUCAGGCUGCUAUCAGACUGACGAGGACAGCUGCUCUUUUCCAUUCGGGAGAGAGAUCUGGAAGACAUGGAAAAACAAUGCUGGUCCAUACAACCGAUCCUCUGGUCCAGUCUGUCAGCAAGAUCCGAGGUAUUGUGCAAAACCUGCCACACCACUUCAUCAACACAGCUGGCCCGAUGACAUCAUAGACUGGCCCGUUUGUGAGGUGCCGUACGGUUCCAACGAUCUCCCACCCCACGACCACGACCUUGAUCACAUGACCUGUGACGUCACCGGUCGACCUUGUUGCGUGGGUGUCAAAGGUCAAUGUAUUAUAACCACUAGGGAAGAUUGUACGUUUAAGAGGGGGUACUAUCACGAUGGGUUGACCCUUUGUUCUCAGGUGAACUGCUUGGAAGAGAUAUGUGGUAUGGUUCCAUUUCUCUACGAGGGCAGGCCAGAUCAGAUAUACAGACUUUUCUUCUCGUUAUUUGUGCAUGCUGGGGUUGUACACCUCUUAGUGACGGUUGUAUUCCAGCUAACUAUUAUGAGAGAUUUGGAAAAAUUAGCUGGUACUAUAAGAAUUGCCACCAUUUAUAUCGUCAGUGGCCUUGGUGGUUGCCUCGCUAGCGUCAUAUUUUUGCCACAUCUUGUAGAGGCAGGACCGUCCGGCUCUCAAUUCGGCUUGCUCUCCUGUCUCUUCGUCGAGGUCAUCCAGAAUAGAAUGAUAUUGAAGCAACCCUGUCUGGCCAUUUUAAAACUUUCGGGACUCAUGCUGUUCCUAUUCCUUCUCGGUCUUAUGCCCAUGAUAGAUAAUUUCGCCCAUUUGUUUGGUUUCCUGUUUGGUUUUCUAUUGUCCUUCGUCCUAUUACCUUAUAUAAGCAUUAGUGUAGUGGAUAAGAGAAACAAGUUGAUGCUAAUGAUUGGUUGCUUUGUCGUUUGCGUCGGUUUAGUUCUAAUUUUGUUGGUUGUUUUCUAUCUAGGGCCUAUUUAUAGCUGUUCAUUUUGUCAUUUUAUCAAUUGCGUCCCCAUCACUGAUACGUUUUGCAGAAACAUGAAGCUGAUUAAGACUGUAUAA